CCUGUGUAUUUCAUUCAGAGAUUUAGCUACGGCCAGAUUCAUCGAACAAAAUGGGCGUCCUUUUUGGAUUUUACAUUCUGGGGCUAAUUUUUACAACCAUUCUCAUACUUCUUCUGGCAUCCACUACAUAUCAUCCGCUAAAGAGUUACAUAGAAAAAUGGAAUGAAAUGAGGCCAAUUCCAGGAAUGGCGGGAGCUUACCCAAUCAUUGGCAAUGCACUGCAGUUUAAAACGAAUGCGGGUGAUUUUUUCAACCAGAUUAUUGAAGGCACAAAUGAAAACAGACACCUUCCUCUUGCAAAAGUGUGGGUGGGACCAGUCCCCUUUCUGAUCUUGUAUCAUGCAGAAAAUAUUGAGGUGGUCCUCAGCAAUUCCAGGCAUAUUGAUAAAUCAUACUCAUAUAGAUUCCUGCACCCUUGGCUUGGCACAGGCCUGCUCACCAGCACAGGUGAGAAGUGGCGUAACCGACGUAAAAUGCUGACUCCUACCUUCCACUUCUCCAUUCUCUCUGACUUCCUGGAGGUAAUGAAUGAACAAACUGAUGUUUUGAUACAGAAGUUGGCAAAGCACGCAGAUGGGGAGCCGUUUAACUGCUUCAGCAACAUCACAUUGUGUGCUUUGGACAUCAUAUGUGAAACUGCAAUGGGAAAGAAAAUCUAUGCUCAGAGCAAUGCUGACUCUGAGUAUGUCCAAAGUGUCUAUAAAAUGAGUGACAUCAUCGCCAAGAGACAGAGAGCACCAUGGCUGUGGCCAGACUGGAUCUACAACAUGCUAGAGGAAGGCAAAGAACAUUCCAGAAGACUGAAGAUUCUUCACUCCUUUACUGCAAGUGUAAUCAAGGAGAGAGCAAAGUUUAUGAACUCUGAAUCUGACAGUGAUUCUGACCAGGGGCAGAAGAAGAGACAAGCUUUCCUAGACAUGCUGUUAAAAACUACUGAUGAGAAUGGGAAGAAUCUGAGUCAUGAAGAUAUUCAGGAAGAAGUGGACACCUUCAUGUUUGAGGGUCAUGAUACCACUGCAGCAUCUAUGAACUGGGCCUUACAUCUGAUUGGCUCCCAUCCUGAAGUACAGAGGGCACUGCAGGCUGAACUGCAGGAAGUGUUUGGUUCAUCAGAGCGCCACGUGGGGGUGGAGGACCUGAAAAGGCUGCGCUACCUGGAUUGUGUGAUCAAGGAGAGUCUGCGUCUCUUCCCCUCUGUGCCUCUUUUUGCACGCAGCAUCUGCGAGGCCUGUCACAUCAAUGGGUUCAAAGUCCCAAAAGGAGUGAAUGCUGUCAUCAUACCAUAUGCUCUUCACCGGGACCCGCGUUACUUUCCAGAACCUGAGGAAUUUAGACCAGAAAGGUUUCUGCCAGAGAACAGCAAAGGAAGACAUCCAUAUGCGUUCAUCCCGUUUUCUGCAGGGCCAAGAAACUGCAUUGGCCAACGCUUCGCCAUGAUGGAGGAGAAGGUAGUUCUUGCAACAGUCUUGAGUUACUUUGAGGUAGAGGCAUGUCAGAGCCGUGAGGAACUGAGGCCUCUGGGAGAGCUCAUUCUGCGUCCUGAGAAGGGCAUUUGGAUCAAACUACAAAGAAGAACCAAAUGACUCCCACCACCAUUGAACUUGUCCUCAGAUCAGUAGCAAACUUCAAUCUGUGUGCUGCUAGUUAUAAGUAAAUGAUAAUGCACAGUCAGCCCCUCAUUAUUGCAAAAUAAACCCUGACAGGAUGAUAAGUUAAUGGAUGACCCCUAACCUUACUGACUGUACAUUAUCCUCCUUACUACACAGUUGCUUAGCAAAUAAAUAGACAUGAAAUAUAGUUUUGAGUUUAUUGAUAGGAAUAAUUUUUUAUGUGAAUAGAAAGAGACUGUGUAGUGAUGUGAGAGAAAUUAAACUUGCACAGCUAUGAAAGAAGUUGGUUUCCUGGGACUACAGUCAGUUAUACAGUUUAUUAGUUCUGAUACAAAUAUGUUUGACUGCAGAAUGAUGCAACCUGUCCUAAGACUGCUGACCUUAGAUGUACAGUAUAUACACAUCAUUGUAUAAAUCUAAACGUAUGAUUCUCAAUGUCUCUAUUAUCCUUAAAACUAAACUUGCACACUUUGUCUUGGCUAUGUAAAAAACUUUUGAACUGCAAGCAUGACUAUGUAGUGUAUAACAUUUGUCAUUUUAUACACAUUGGAGAAUUGGUGCUUUGAAGAUAAAUAUUUAACAAAUCUUUAAUGCACAGAUCUGUUGCAGAUAUGUCAAGCAAUAAAAUAACUGCCGUUUGUAGCCCUCUGGGCUGUCUGUUGUUAGUCAACUCACAUAGCUGGUGUUUUGCAGGGUGAAAACAAAUCUUUGGCAAAAUCAUUUUCAGACUAAACAGUCUGCACAUCCAACCAUACCAGAACUAUCAGCACUUUCUUCAAAUCAUCAUAAUUGAA